UACCGUACAGGGACAGUCGUGCCGGUAAUGCGACCAGUGAGUGUGCUACUUCAUGUGAAAUCGUGGACGCAACGACAUGAGGAUCGUAUAUCUGAUAGCGGUUGAUGCGUUUUUGCUGUCAAUUACCAUUGCUGAGAGUGACUGGCCUGUCGGAUUACCUGGCCAACGUCAUCAUCAGCAUCAUCAUCAGAAGUUACUACAUGCAACUGUCCUUCAACCUAUUAUGAAAUCACAAACGGAAAAAGGUCCUCUUGACUGGCUUAUAAACAUAGUGUCUCGAGUUAUCAAAACUACAGAAAAACCACCACCACCUAUAAUUGGACCUAUUAAUUUACCUAGAAUGGGGGGUCGAGUGUAUAUAAGGCAAUUAGAGAAUUAUUCUCCAUGGCAAUCAAAUCAUGUAAUUAUAAAAAUGGUAACUCGCGACUCAGUAGCAGAACCUAAUGUUCCAUUAGAAUAUAGUUCGUCAAAUCAUCGUUCGGAGAAUGUUUCACGAAAAGCAUUAAAAGCCUAUAGCUACCAGAAUAACAAGUUCCCAUGGCGAUCUAGCACUACAACAUCACAAGGAUAUAACAAUUUUUCUCCUGCUAAUAGAAUCUCGAAUUGGAAUUCCAAUUAUCGCUCAACUUACCAACAUCAUUUCAAUACCCGCUCUCGACUGCCUACCGUUCAAGCUUCGAAUGAAUUUCGUUCUGAUGAGUAUUUAAGAAAUCCUGAGGAAUACCAUAGAGCUUAUUCAUUUUCAUCUCACAAUGACAUGCAGGAUCACAAAAAAUUCCUACCAAUAUCUGUCGCAUCAUACCUGGAUACUGAGAAACAGACUUCACCGGUCUCUACUCACUCUUUAAUAUCGCAUCAAGAUCCGAAUAAUCCAAUACGUAGCGGUUACAAUAAUUACAGUUAUCGAGACAGUACAGUAAAGUUCGAGUCCGACCAUGAUCAUGUAAAAGAACCUGAUUUUUCAUCUACAACUUUAAAAUCGCAUUCAGAUUAUGGAUUUAAGGAAAAUAAAAACUUUAGUACAAAAAUUAGUAUGUCAAAUAUUAACAGGAGUGAACUGAUGAACCAGCUUCCAUCAACUUUCAUGAGACAUAAACAUGUUCCCAGAAGCGACCAAAUGGCAAGUCAGAAUGCCGAACGCGAUCAUUUUAGACAACGUCAUAAAGCUGACUUUUUCGGUUCCUCAUACUGGCAUGUUCCUCGAAAUUUUCGACAGGGUCCCAUGAUCAAAUUCGAAAUUGAUGACGUUCGAAAUUCCGAAAUAAUGACCGUACCAGAUGUCCAACACAUAUGGGAUCACGAGCAAAAAUUAACAAAAAAGAAAAAUUCCGUUACUAUAUCUGAGAAGCUUGUAAUAGAUAACGAUGAAGAUUCUAUCAAUAUGAAAAACGGUGGAACCCUUAAACGCGAGGAAUCAGCCGAGCACAGAAAUGACGUACAAACUGAUAGCCUUCCAACAGAACCAUCGCAAUCUAGACUACUAACGUAUGAAACUAUUGUUAGACAUCGUGACGGACAGAAUAAUCGAAAUAUAUCUGUAGAAACUACAAGUGACGGUCUGGAGUAUGCGAAUCGUAAGGAUGACAUGAAGUAUCAUCGCGAACUUGAUGAAGUCUCAACCACGCAGAAAGCAGACCGCGAGGCCGUAAAAUCAAGCAAUAUCGCGCUCAAAGCUACGCAUGGAGUGACCAAAUUGUUAGAGAGCAAUCGUUGGCGGUUUCAAGAAAGGAGACAACCAACGCGGGUUGUUAAAGCUGUUUAUCGAAGAAAACCCAAGGUUUCUAUAAUGAGAAACGAUGAAAAAAAGACGAAAUCCAAUGGUCCAAACAAAGAGGCAGAGUCUCAUGAAAGUUUUCUAGAGAACUAAUACCAGCCACGAUUAUCGUAAUAAUGAAUUACGUUCGCAUGCAUUUGAAUUUAGGUUACCAUCAGAUGAUGCAUGUUCCACGUUCUAAGAACAGAUCGCAGGAAAAAACGUCAGAAAAAAGUCAGAUUUACAAAUCAACCGUGUAUUUUGUGAAAUCAGAGAAAGUAUUUUGAGUGAAUGAUAUUUGAAGGUACAAAUUAUAUUGAUAUCUUCAGUUUUAUUAAUUUAUCCAAUAACUUUUAGAGCCAAAAUCUGAUGCAAAUAUUGUAAAUGAAAGUGGCGUUAACAAUGUAAAAUAUGUAAAUAUGUAUCGACGGAAUAAAAUAACGGAGCUCAUGAAACACUGCGUGUAAGAAGUUAUGGAGAGUUAAUUAUCAGUGUAAACUCGAAUUUUGGACUUUUAACAUGACGAGUUCAAUAUGAUAGACCGGAGUAAAAAAAAUCAUGGGAUUUUAUAUAAACUUCGUAUCCACCUGAUCACCAAUUUGGACAACAACAUUAAGAAAAUUUCAAUGGUCGAUUCAAUGUGACACGCAUAAAUACAAAUAAAUGAUAUUCAUGAAACUCUGUAAUUGUUGUUCUUUGGAAUUGCGUAAACCUACAAAUAUGUAGAUUUGGGAACAAGCGAUGUUUUUGUACAGUGGUCGACUGUAGCCGAUCGAUCAUAAAUAAUUGACACACUUGAAAUGGCAGGAAAAGAAUUUAGAAAACGAUUAAAUUUGGAUGAACAUUAUUUGUUUUGGUGAAUGUAGAUACCGCGGUAAGAAAAAAAAUGUUCAGUAGCACAAGAUAAGUUUAUUUUAAGAGAAUCUUUUUUAGUAAGACCCGAAUGAUGACAUUUCCACAACUUGGAUGGA